AUGGCGGCGGGCCGGGGCGCCGGGGGCUGCCGGGGCCGGGGCGCGGUGCUGCUGCUCUUCUUCUCGCUGUCCCGGCGCCCGUCGGGCGGGGCGGCGUGGCUGCUGGGGCUGCGGCCGGAGGACACGGCGCCGGGGCGCGUGUGGCUGGAGGGGGGCGCGGUGCGGGCGGCCGAGGGGUCCCGCUUCCUGCUGCGCCUCUACUUCCAGCCGCCGCCCGAGGGCAACGGCAGCGAGCGGCGGCUGGUGUUCGUGGAGGAGCCGGCCGAGGCGGCGCGCUGCCCCGAGCGCAGCGCCUGGGCCUCGGAGGUGGAGGUGCUGGGCCCGCUGCUGCCCGGCGGCUCGGCCGGCUCGGCGCUGGCGGAGGUGCGGGUGCGGGCGGCGCGCAAGGGGGCGGCGGCGGCGGGCGCGCAAGGGGCCUCGCCGGGGCGGCGCUUCGGGCUGUGCGCGUGGGACGGGCGCGCGUGGCAGCUGCACGGCGCGGCGGGCGGCUUCGCGCUGCAGGUGGAGGCGGCGGCGGGGGCGUCGCUGGGGGCGGGGCUGGUGGCGCUGCCGGCGUGGGGCUGGCUGCGGGCGCUGUGGGCGGCGGCGCUGCUGGGGCUGUCGGCGCUGUUCAGCGGGCUGCGGCUGGCGGGGCUGGCGCUGGGCCCGCUGGAGCUGCGCGUGCUGCGGAACAGCGGCUCGGCGUCGGAGCGGGCGCGGGCGCGGCGCGUGGAGGCGGCGCGGGGCCGCGGCGGGAGCGGCACCCACCUGCUGUGCACGCUGCUGCUGGGCCAGGCGGGGGCCAACGCGGCGCUGGCGGGCUGGCUGUGCGGCUGGCUGCGCGGCGAGCCCGCCGGGGUGCCGUGGGCGGCGGUGCUGCUGUGCGCUGGGCUGGUGUUCGUGGGCGGCGAGGUGGUGCCCUACUCGGUGUGCUCCCGCCACGGGCUGGCCAUCGCGGCGCGCACCCUGUGCCUCACCCGCCUGCUCAUGGCCGCCGCCUUCCCGGUCUGCUACCCGCUCAGCCGCCUGCUGGACUGGGCCCUGCGCCGGGAGCUGAGCGCCUGCUCCACGCGGGAGCGGCUGCUGGAGACCCUGCGGGCCGCCCACCCCCACGGGGACCUGGUGAGCGGCGAGCUGGCCAUGGUGCAGGGGGCGCUGGAGCUGCGCACCAAGGCGGCCGAGGACGUGCUGACGCCCCUGGCCGACUGCUUCAUGCUGCGCGCCGACGCCGUGCUGGACUUCGCCACCGUCUCCGAGAUCCUGCGCUCGGGCUACACCCGCAUCCCCGUCUACGAAGGGGAGCGGCGGGACAACAUUGUGGACCUGCUCUUCGUCAAGGACUUGGCCUUCGUGGACCCAGACGACUGCACCCCUCUGCAGACGGUCACCCGCUUCUACCGACGGCCGCUGCACUGCGUGUUCCACGACACGCGGCUGGACGCUUUGCUCGAGGAGUUCAAGAAGGGAAAAUCACACCUGGCAAUUGUGCAGCGGGUGAAUAACGAAGGGGAAGGAGAUCCCUUCUAUGAAGUGAUGGGGAUCGUUACUCUUGAAGAUGUAAUUGAGGAGAUCAUCAAGUCAGAGAUUCUGGAUGAAACAGACCUCUACACUGACAAUCGGAAGAAGGAGCGGGCAACCCAUCGGGGUCGGAAACCACAUGACUUCUCCAUUUUCCAGCUUUCAGAUAAUGAGAUAAGAGUGAAGAUUUCUCCUCAGCUCCUGCUUGCCACACAUCGCUUCAUGGCUACAGAAGUGGAGCCCUUCAAGCCGCCAUAUCUCUCAGAGAAGAUCCUGCUGCGGCUCCUCAAACACCCCAAUGUCAUCCAGGAAAUAAAAUUUGACCACAAGAACAAACGAGCACCCGAACACUACCUCUACCAGCGCAACCGGCCGGUUGAAUACUUUGUGCUCAUCUUGCAGGGAAGAGUGGAGGUGGAAGUAGGGAAGGAAGGCCUGCGUUUCGAGAAUGGAGCCUUUACCUACUAUGGCAUUCCAGCCAUCAUGGCUGUUGCCUGCUCAGAUAAUGACGUGCGCAAAAUGAGCAGCCUGGCGGGAUCUUCUUUCCUGUUGCCUGUGUCCAUGUCCCGUACCUUCGCCUUCAGCAGAGGGGAAUCUUUGGCUGGCUCCCCAGUGAACCAGUCACCUUCCCGAUGCAGUGGCCUGAAUCGCUCUGAAUCCCCGAUCCGAGAACGUAACGACUACGGAGGCAGCAGCACCCAGCUGCACAGCGGCAGCAACAACAACGUCUACACGCCAGACUACUCUGUUCACAUCCUCUGCGACGUACAGUUUGUCAAGAUCACUCGUCAGCAGUACCAGAACGCACUGAGCGCUAGCCGCAUGGACAGCUCACCCCAGACCCCUGACAUGGAGGCUUUUAAUGAUGGAGAUUCCACGAAGGCUCCCACAGUCAGGGGCACUCCACAGACACCCAAGGAUGAUCCUGCCAUUCUCCUGAACAUGAGAAACAGCAUUGUGGUUAGCCAUUCAGAUGGGCGCCUGAAGAGCCCCACAGACUCUGUGUUUUUGCACAUGGAGGCAAUUCCUCACAUCCAAGAGGAGCUGGCAGGGGCCGCGGAGAGCAACACUCAGCAGAAAAACGAGGGCUGUGCUGUCAGGCUGGAACCCGAGACUUCAAACAGAGAAAUGGAGACCAGCACAUCCCCAAGUGGUCCUGAGGAGCCCCUGGGCAAGAAGCUGCUCCGCACCCUCAGUGGAAGGAGAAGAAAGCCAUCAGCAGAGAGUGAAAAGAGUCCCGAUGAUAAUACCAACUUCACACCUCUCAUCACAUGAAUGGAAACCUGGCUUUGAGCCUCCCACAGGUCUGCAGCAUGACAACUAACCGACCAGGUUCAUGUGUGCGUGUGAUGGCACUUGCUUUUCUC